UGGUUUGUUCACAGUUGCGUAAACGGCAAGAAACAAGGAAGGUUUUAUUUUAAAGUACCGUUUGAAUUAACUAAAAGGCUGAAAUGUUUCGGGAAGAACUGGAUCAAGAUAGUGGUUACAGCAUUGUACUCUUCCUCGUGGAGAAUGUACGAAAUACGCCGGAACUCAGAAACCUGGUGAUUAGUGGUGGUUUGGAGUGUUGUAUCGUAAAACCAAGUUUAAUUGUAAAUCCGUUUCAAGUGGUGGUUGCCGCAAACAAGGCAGUGAUAUCAAUGGCUCGCGGAAAAAUGAGUACGAGGAACAUAUAUACCGAAAUUUUGUAUAACUUAUCGCCAACUAAGCAGAUUUCCCAGUCGCUAAUAAAAUUUGGGAUAGAUGAUAAAGAAGACCGUAUUCUUGUUUGUGUUUUGGAGAAAUGCGGUGAAAAGAAAGCGGAGGAAGUGUUGGAAAACAUUCAAGGCGAUGAAUGCCCUAUAGACCAACUAAGCAAAUUUACGGAUGUAAUGCUUGUCAAGAAAACGUACAAAAUCAACGACAGUGAAAGCUAUUCAUCUAAUAUUUUAGACUCCGUUGUCAGUCGGAUUUCUACUAAGGAAAUAGUUGUAUGACAGUUUUACUACAAAUCAUGCUGUAGCUCUAAGUCAGGUAGAUUGUUUUAUAAUAUCAAAAACCUGUCGACAAUCUCAUGUUGAUUCAAUGGAUGUACAGUUUGCUGAGGAAAGAUGAAUCCAAAAAUAUAAAAAGUGAUUAAUGCACUUCUUAUGAAUUUCAACGUUUUAUGUUGAAAGCACUUUUAUGCAUGCAUGUCAGUGUUGGACUGGUGUGUGUGUGUGUGUGUGUGUGUGUGUGUGUGUGUGUGUGUGGGGGGGGGGGGGGGGGGGGUAUACAAAAGUCAUGAUGAAGGCUCAAAGUGUAGAAAAGAUUCUUCUCUAAGACAAUAUUUAAGCAGCCUGUGAUGUCACUAAUAGGCACAGAGUUGCUCAUUUGACAGGCAACCACUACUGGAGUUAAAGGAUACAAUUUACAAUAUUACCAUUCAAUAAGGACUAAUAAUGAAAAUAAUAAGAGUAUGAACUUUUUGUAGAAUUUGUUUGCUGUGGCUUUACUUUGAGCAAUUUGACACUAUAGUUACACAUUGUGAUCUGGAGUUGAUUAAUGGUAAGCAGAAAAAAUUGUUCACUUACAUAAACAGUUUUGCCUGAAAUUAUAAUCAGAUGAUAAAAAUCUAAGGUUUUGCCUUCAUAUUACUGGUUUACAUAAAUGGACAGAAUUACAGCAGUUUGUCCAUAUAAGUUGCAGUGCCAUGCAAACAAUCUGGCUUUUCACAAAAUGAUAUUUUGUCAUAAGUGAAAGUAUUUGAAUAAUGAAAGGUCUUUGUUAUUUGCAAAUAUCUCUCACAAAAAAAUGCUCGCAAUGUGUUUUUCAGUGGAACAGCUCACUGCCUUUGUAAUGUAAAAAUUUCUCUGUCACCAAUUGAUAGUCUGUUUUUGUGUGCAAGAACUACUAAAGCUUUAGUAGAUAUUGCCAGAGUCUGGUAGAUGUUUCAAUGCAACUUAAAGAAGAAAAUAUAAAAUGUGAUAUAUACACAGUAAGAGAUGUUUCCAAUAAGAUUUAUCUCUUGCUAGAAUGAUACGGAAAUAACAGAAGAGUAUACAUUGAAAGUAUAAAAUAAUUUACAGGUAUAACAAAACAGGUGCAAACAGUAUGGCUUACAUUCAGUUUCGCUAACCUGGUCCGAUUGCGCUAUAAAAUGGAAAUAAUAGAAUAAAGAGCUGUAACUGUCAUCAAAUGAAAUACAAAAAUAACAGGCAUUUUGGCCAUGUUGUAAUGGCUGUCCUUAGGGACAAACAUCAAUUAUUUUACAUGGUGAUCAGCACACCUGAAGGUUGACGAGGAAUGGAAGUAGACAUCAAUAAAAAAAUAAAAAUAUUUUUUUUUCUUCGUAUGAAGUGCAAAACCUUAUAAUUUUGUCAUUUGUGUAUUUACAUUACAUAUUACAUUUGACACAUUGUAAAUGUAACUGUCACUGAGAUAAUAUCUGAAUAAAAUAUAUUUUGAAAAAAGAAGAAAAUGAUCCAUGAGCUAAGGCAGAUAAGAUACAUUGUUAUAUCCAAAGAGAAAUGUUUUAAAUUAUUCUAAGAAAAAUAAGUACUUUGUAUUAGUAACAUGGGUUUUUAUCACAGAUUCCCGAUGUUUCAUCAGCCAUUUAAUGUAUUUUCUUAACAAAUUCAAACUUGUAUCCACAUUUUUACAUUACACAAACAAAAAAUAUCUUAAAUUGCUUAUCAUACUUGCAGGCAAAAGAUUUUGUUUGUUUACUGCAAAUGAAAAUUGUGUCCUUAUCUGAAGUAGUACUAAGUAUCACAGUUCUAACUGUAAUUAUCACAGUAUCAUGAUUGAAGGUAAACACUUGUUUGCAUAUAAUAAACUUCUUUUCUUAAUUUGUAAAACAAAAUUUCAAAAACAGUGAUGACAGAAAAAUUAUCUUAACAAGUUACAAAUAUAUUGAGUAUGGAAUCUGAGAUGACACACACCAGUACUUUGUACCUGCAUAAGGCAAAUAAAUGACCUAGAAUUAAAAUCUAGGAACUAUUACUCUGGCCCUGUGGACUCUUGAUAGUUUUACUGUAAAGUGAAAGAAACCUAAAAUAAUUUGUAAACCGUUACGAACUUAGUUUUCAGAAAGCAAGUAGUAAUCACAUAGCACAGCAAAUACCGAGAUAGUGUGUUGAUUCCAUCUUCUGUGUUAUAUGCAACAUAAAUAAAAAAAAUGUUGUGAUAUUUCUGUAUAACACUAGUAACACUUGACUGCAGCACCCGAAAAUUAAACAUGUAAUUUUAACUUUCCCUGCCUGCAAUAAGCUUCCUUGGGAUUGCAUCUAUGAACAUGGUAACACAGAAAAAAAAUUUUCUGUAAUUGGAACAAGCAUGUCUAAAGAUAGAUAUUUUUGAAAAUAGAGAAGCUGAAAUAUGAAGGGAUUCUGUUUCUAAAGUAUGAUUUUCUUUUACAAAGAAAAAAAAAUGCAGCUUUUAUGGGGCAAACUUUUGUGGAUACAUGAAUGAGAAUAAAUUUACUUAAAAAAUGA